AACGUAGUGAUUAAAGUGAAUCAUAGAUACAUGUUCGCCGCAGUUUUACUGCGUAAAUUCGUGAGAACCUGAAGGAUGGGGAGACUGUGGGUGAUUCUGUUGGUCUCGAUAGUCGCGCUUAGCCAACUGCCGGCAGAAGGUAAAAUAUUGGCGCAAUGCGACGUCGUGAGAGAGAUGAUGCGUGCUAAAGUCAGCAGGAGUUUCAUCAGCAAUUGGAUCUGCCUGAUGCAGAGCGAGAGCGGAUUAGACACGAGCAAGGUGACCGGGCCGAAGGGAGCUUCCAGCUACUCCUUCGGUAUUCUCCAGAUCAACAGCGCCACGUGGUGCACCAGAGGACGUGCAGGUGGAUUAUGCAAUAAACGCUGCGAGGAUUUCAUAAAUGACGACAUUCAGGACGAUAUAGCAUGUGCCCUGAAGAUUUACAAUCGAGAAGGAUUCAAGGCUUGGGACGGGUGGGUGAAGAAGUGCAAGAACAAGCCGCUGCCGAACAUCGGGAACUGCAGGCGGAGGAGGAUGGCGGCGCAGGUGGAAACGUUGUGAUCUUGCCGGUGUGAAACUCGACUUGGCUUCAUGAGAGUGGAUUCGAUAGAAAGUCAAUGCAAAUAAUUAGUGUAGUAAUUCAUACAUACAAAAACAUGUAUAAUUAGUGUAGUAAUUCAUACAUAUAAAAUAUUCGCGUCCUU